AUGAUUGUACGAUUUAAUAAAACUAUUGGUGAAGCUUUAGCAAAAGUUACAAGCUAUAAAUAUAAAGAACGUGAAGCAAAAUUAUUAAUAGAAACAAUAAUAGAAACUUAUUAUGAGAAAAAUGAAUUAUUCCAAAAAGCUCUCUUAAAAAGAUUUUUUAAAAUAGAGGAUGUCUUAAUAAAACAACAAGAGAAAGCUCUAGAAAAUAUUCAAGAAGUACAAAAAAUACAAAAGGAAUAUCAUAACAAAAAAAUUAAACAUAAUAAAUUAAAAAUUG